AUGAAUUUUAAAAUUAAAUCUCAAAGAGUAACUGGCUGUCAAUAUUUUGCUUUCACACACACAGCUGACGGCUCUAAGAUCAUUGCGUUAGUAGCGUUUAGAGGAACGUAUGGAAAUCUUUGCGACGCAUCUGGGAAACAUAAUAAAAUCGUAAAAAUGCCAUCGCUUUUGGAGGCACUCGAGCGCAAGUAUGGCGCUAAGGGCGAAGUGAACCCUUCUAUAGAUGACAUGCCAGUUGCGAUAUUUGUGCCGAAACGAUCGCCCAGACUUAGCGUGCCCACGUUACUGGUAUUGAAUGACUGCGAUAUUGACUGCGCGGGAGACGCUAGUGCCUUAGCCGACAAGUGUGCAGAUGUAGUCGAGCUAGAUCUUGCCCAUAACAACCUGACUGAUUGGAGAGAGGUAUUUGCUGUAUUAGAGCAGACUCCACGUGUUCGGUUCCUCAAUUUAAGCUUCAACCGACUUUCCGCACAAAUCCAAGCCGCGCAAGCGCUCAACCCACGCUGGGACAGCCUCAGUCAUCUCGUACUAAACUCCACUUAUGUCGGUUGGCCAAGUGUACUCGGACUACUGAAGGCUCUACCAGCUCUAGAAGAACUGCAUUUGAGUCUUAAUGAGUAUUCCUAUGUGAACUUGAAUGGGAAAGAGGUCGAUGAGAAAGAUAUUUGCGAGGGAUGCUCACGACUUAAUUUAGACUUAGACUCGACUGAACCAGUCCACGAACAGUUAAAACAACUCCAUUUUUCCGGAAACCCCAUUAGUAGCUGGCGAGAAAUUUCAAAGCUAGGUUAUGCUUUUCCGAAUUUGGAAACACUUUUGGUCAAUGACUGCCCCUUAACGACGCUAGAGCCAGAUCCGUGUGAAAAAUGUGACGAUAGUAAUGGAAAUAAAAAAUGCCAUGAUGCCUUCCCGCACCUCCGAUUUUUAAAUUUAAAUAACACCGGUCUCGCGACGUGGGAUGAAGUAGACAGGCUUGCCAAGUUCCCCGCUCUCAAGAGUUUACGAGUGCAAGGUUGGCCACUAUGGGAGCGGUUCGAAUCGACGGAACACGAGCGACGACUGCUCCUAGUGGCGAGGCUACCACACGUGAGAACACUCAACGGUGGCGGGGCAGUCCCUCCUGAGGAACGAGAUGCGGCGGAGCGGGCCUUCAUCAGAUAUUAUAUGGAGAAACCAGAAUCUGACAGACCUGAUAGGUACUGGGAGCUGGUGGGAGUGCACGGCAAACUCGACCCGCUUGUGUCCGUCGACCUGCGCCCCGAGAAGCGCGUACAGAUCACAUUCACCUGUGGUGAUAACAGCGAGGUGCGCACUGUCGACGUGUACAGGACCGUGUCAGAUUUAAAAUUGCGACUGGAACGGCUCGCGGGAUUCCCCGCCUCCAAGAUGCGACUGUUCUAUGUGGACCAGGAGCUCAGAGAUACGCAGCUUUUCCAGGGUCCCGAGGAGAUGAAGUAUCCCACAAAGCAGCUCUACUCAUACAAUAUACGCUCCGGAGACGAAAUUAUCAUCGACUCUAAACUGAAGCACUCAAUCUCCGUGGGAUCCACUGCG